AUGAUAUUGAAUGAGAUCUCAAGAGAUGAUGAACAACAAUCAUUUGUCAGUCUCAACAACCGAGAUUUAACUGCAGAAACAUAAACAAAUUUGAAAUAACAAAUUACAUAUUUGCCACCUAUGUAUGCAUCAAUAUCAUUCAUUGUUCUUUUUGCUGCAAUUUUAAGUUAACUUCAAUAUCCAAGGGCAUAAACCUUCCCUUUGUUUUUGGAAUUACCAUUUUAAAAGAAUUAAUUAUUUACUAUUGGAAAUGCACUCAUGAGUUUGAUAGGCAUCCUAAUCUAUUAUUUAGUAUUCUAGACGAACCAAAAAAUCACACAAAAACUAAGAUUAAGCCAUAGAUAUCUCUCCUUCAAACCUUUUUCAUUUUAGAUCCUCUUGAGUGGAGUGUCAGCCCAUUUAUCAUUUCUAGCAUUUGCAUUGCUCCCAAUUGAAUAAAAAAACAAAGCCAAUUACAUAUGUAUCACUAUUUCUUAUAUAUUAUUUUACUAUUACUCUAGACACUGA